AUGGUGGUUCAGUGGGUUGUGCUGUUGAUUCACAGCAAGAAGGUUGCUGGUUUGAGCCCCAGCUCGCUGCUGUCAGUCAGUGUGUGCCCGGCAGCAGCUGCCAGCACGGGUGGAAAUGUCACCUGCCCCUUUUGUCCUCAAGAGAUGGUCAGUCUGAGAGGAAAAACAGACAGGUCAGAAUUGAAGUAUCUGUGCAAACACCUCACUCAAUGUGGCAUUUAUACCAAGCACAAUCCCUCUAAGCUGGCAGAUUUGCCUGGUAGCAAUGUGCCGAGACUCUUGGGGGCGUCCCGUAGACCGCCUCAGAGGCUCUGGAGUGCCAUCUACGGUGUGCCGAAAUACUAUUGGCAACAGCAUGUGCUUGAGAGGGAGAACAAGGCUAAACCGCACAUCAGCUGUGGUCUGGAGUUUCUCCUGGUGUUGUGUGGUUUAGAGUUGACCCAGGCCUGUCCGCGUCACUGUAUCUGCUACGACUCUCCCAGCACCGUCAGCUGCCAGGCUCACAACUUUCAGGUGGUUCCUGAGGGAAUCCCGGCCCAGAGUGAGCGCGUGUUUCUGCAGAACAACAAGAUCCAGCGGCUGCUGCAGGGCCACUUCAGCCCGACCACCGUCAUGCUCUGGCUCUACUCCAACAACAUCUCCUACAUCCAGCCUUCCACCUUCAUGGGCUUCACCCGCCUGGAGGAGCUGGAUCUGGGGGACAACAAACACCUGCGCUCUUUGGCUUCAGACACUUUCCAGGGCCUGACGCGACUGCAUGCUCUGCACCUCUACCACUGUGGCCUGAUCACUCUACCUGCUGGCUUGUUUGAGGGACUGCACAACCUGCAGUACCUCUACUUACAGAGCAACCAGCUGGAAUUUCUCGAGGAUGACAUGUUCAUUGAUCUGCUGAAUCUGAGCCAUCUAUUUCUGCACGGAAAUCGGCUGUGGAGCCUCCACCAGAACACUUUCCGUGGCUUAGGAGCCCUGGAUCGCUUGCUUCUCCAUCAAAACCGGCUCCAGUGGGUCCACAAGCAGGCUUUCCACGACCUGCGGCGCCUGACCACGCUCUACCUGUUCAACAACUCGCUGCCGGAGCUGCCGGCGGAGAGUCUGUCGCAACUACCCGCGCUCGAGUACCUGCGCCUCAACGACAACCCAUGGGAGUGCGACUGCAAGGCUGUGCCGCUCUGGGAUUGGCUGCGGCGCUUCCGUGGCUCCACCUCCUCAUUAAUAUGCACAGCUCCACCCGAGCUGGUAGGGAAGGAUCUAAAACAGCUUUCAAAAGAACAGCUGCCAUCGUGUACAGGAUCAGAGUCGCUCCACCAGAGCAAAUCCAGCAGUCAGGGGGAUGUAGGGGUUUCGCUGAAGAAAGAUCAUCACCAUCGAUCACACAACCGCCAUCAUCAUCAUCCUCAUCUGCCGCAUCAGGAUCAAUACUACCCAACAUCCCCAUCACUGAUCCCUCGACCGCCCAAGUCGGGACGCAACAGAAACUGCACGAGGCAUCGUGGUCGCAAAGGUAACGGUCAAAACGAGGUGUAUAACCUGAAGGACUUGGGCAACAAGGAAUCAGACGACAAAUACGACCCGACAAAACCAAGACGAAAGAACAAGUGCAUCCCACGGACUUCAGUAGGGCCCCCUAGUGGCGUGCAGAGGGCAAACAGCAGGGCCACAUCCCUCUUGGCUCCUGGUUUCAUCAGCCCUCUUUGCUUAUUGGUGUGUCUCACUGCCCUGAUUUUCCGCUGAUCCUGUAGAAGAGCCUCUACAAAUGGUUUUUAUGGAAGAAAAAAAAAACUAAACUCAGCCCUCUGUCUACUCUGGCUCCUACACUUCAGUGUGUGAAUGUUUGUGUGUGUGCGUGUGUGUGUGCAUAUUUCGACGAGCCCCUUUUGAGGGACAGAGGACUUGCAGGUCUGGAGAUACGAAGAAAAUUGGGUUUUGUGAGCGAGAGAUCCUUGAUUAGCACUGUUUUCUGUUGCUCCAGGGCACGUUGAAUAACAAAAUAAACCCAUUAGCAUUUGCUACAUGUAACAAAAUUAUUAGCAACCCAUCGUGGUCAAGCUUGCCACCAUGAAAAGACCUCUGUUCUGAUCUUCAGCCUGAACUCUGGCUGC